GAGCAGCGGGAGGCGGCGCAGGCCGCGGCGGGGCCUGCAGCGGCCCGCCGACCCCGCGAGGCGGCGGAGCCGGCUCCGGAGCGGCUCAGCCUCGGGCUCGACGGCCAGGGGCAGUCGCCGGAGGCUCCUCGGCUACUUACCGGGGGAGAAGAGAGCCGGGAUCCCGAAGCCCCGGGCCGGACCGCGGAGAUGCCCCAAACUGACACGGCCGCCAUCUUGGAGACAGGUUGAAAAUUGGCAGUCCUGAGACUUUCAGACUGAAAAAGACUUCUCUCUCUCACUGACAGUCUCCAUCAUGAUUCAUAGCCUUUUCUUGAUCAACUCCUCUGGAGAUAUUUUCCUGGAAAAACAUUGGAAAAGUGUGGUCAGCCGUUCUGUCUGUGAUUACUUUUUUGAGGCACAAGAGAGAGCUACCGAGGCAGAAAAUGUACCUCCAGUUAUUCCGACUCCUCACCACUAUCUCUUAAGUGUUUACCGUCACAAGAUCUUUUUUGUGGCUGUGAUCCAGACAGAGGUCCCACCGCUGUUUGUCAUUGAGUUCCUUCACCGAGUAGUGGACACGUUUCAGGAUUAUUUUGGAGUCUGUUCAGAGCCAGUGAUCAAAGACAAUGUGGUUGUGGUUUAUGAGGUACUGGAAGAGAUGCUUGACAAUGGGUUUCCAUUGGCUACCGAGUCAAACAUCCUCAAAGAACUGAUAAAGCCUCCCACUAUCCUUCGAACGGUUGUCAACACCAUAACAGGAAGCACCAAUGUGGGUGACCAGCUUCCUACUGGGCAGCUGUCAGUGGUGCCCUGGCGACGGACUGGGGUGAAAUACACUAACAACGAGGCCUAUUUUGAUGUGAUCGAAGAGAUUGAUGCCAUCAUUGAUAAAUCAGGUUCCACAAUUACUGCUGAGAUCCAGGGGGUGAUUGAUGCCUGUGUCAAGCUGACUGGAAUGCCAGACCUUACGCUUUCCUUCAUGAAUCCCAGGUUGUUGGAUGAUGUCAGCUUCCAUCCUUGUGUCCGUUUCAAGCGCUGGGAAUCUGAGCGUAUCCUCUCCUUCAUUCCUCCUGAUGGAAACUUCCGCCUGCUCUCUUACCAUGUCAGUGCACAGAAUCUGGUGGCAAUUCCAGUGUAUGUCAAACAUAACAUCAGUUUCCGGGAUAGUAGUUCACUUGGACGCUUUGAAAUAACGGUGGGACCGAAGCAGACUAUGGGGAAGACCAUAGAGGGAGUGAUUGUCACCAGCCAGAUGCCCAAAGGGGUCCUGAAUAUGAGCCUCACUCCAUCUCAGGGGACACAUACAUUUGACCCAGUUACCAAGAUGCUGUCUUGGGAUGUAGGAAAGAUAAAUCCCCAAAAGCUACCAAGUUUGAAGGGGACCAUGAGUCUUCAGGCUGGAGCUUCCAAACCAGAUGAGAACCCCACAAUUAACCUGCAAUUUAAGAUCCAGCAGCUGGCCAUUUCUGGACUCAAGGUGAAUCGUCUGGAUAUGUAUGGGGAAAAGUACAAACCCUUUAAGGGCAUAAAAUACAUGACCAAAGCUGGAAAAUUCCAAGUUCGAACCUGAAGGGAGAGUUUUGCAAAAAGAACAUUCACGAAUGCUUUUUUGUUUCUUACUUGUCUAAAAGUAAAAAGUAAUCAGCCUGUCUCCUAGGUCAGUAUCCCCUUUUGGACCCACCCACUCCCUUUUUUCCUUAGCCUGCAGUGCCGUGGAGCUAAUCAAGGGAGAGAAGGGUUGCCAGGGAGAACCGGACCAAAGUCAAACACAAUCAGCACCAACUCAGUUCUGAGAGAAGAGCUGUGUGACAGAGGGUAGAGAUACCUAAUGCCAUAUUGAACUAUUUUGAACAUGGUUACCAUAGAAAAGGACUAGAAUUUGUUACUUGCUUGGCUUUACUCCUCUAAAGUCAAUAAACGACUUCUGUUUGUUGUUUAA